AGCUUCCGAUCAUUGAUAUAAUAUAAAGUUUUUUCCAUUAAAUUUACUUUAAUCCAAUUUUGAAUUGAAUUUUCAUGGGGGCCAUAAAUACCUAAGCAUAAAAAAAAGUCACAAUCUUUUACCUAAAAAUAUUUGAUAAAAAUCUGAAGGAAUUUUACUUUUUCUUUUUUGCUUUUUUGUUGAGUGGAAAUGGCAGUAUUGUCUUUGAAUUCACUUCCUUUAGGGUUUAGAUUCAGACCAACCGAUGAAGAAUUAGUUAAUUACUAUUUGAGAUUGAAAAUCAACGGAAAUGAUAAAGAUGUCCGAGUCAUCCGUGAACUCGAUGUUUGUAAAUGGGAGCCUUGGGAUUUACCGGAUUUGUCGAUUAUUAAAACGACUGAUCAGGAGUGGUUUUUUUUCUGUCCGUUGGAUAGAAAGUACCCGAAUGGGCAUAGAUUGAACAGAGCGACUUGUAAAGGGUAUUGGAAGGCGACUGGUAAAGAUCGGAGAAUUAAGUCUGGGAAUAAUCUGAUUGGUAUGAAGAAAACUUUGGUUUUCUAUAGAGGACGGGCGCCUCGUGGGACUAGAACAUAUUGGGUUAUUCAUGAGUAUCGAGCUACUGAAGAUGAUCUUGAUGGCACUAAACCUGGUCAGAAUCCGUAUGUGAUUUGUCGGUUGUUUAAGAAACAAGAUGAUACUGUUGAUUGUUCUAAUAUGGAUGAGAAUGAGGCUACUGCGGUUUCUCCUGCUUUAGCUCAGUCUUCCCCGGAAGUUGCGGAAUCUGAGCUGGCAUUACCGCAGGUGAAUACGCCGCCUUGUAAUGAUCUGUCCUCGAACGGGUGUUCUAAAGCGUUUCAAGACGGAGAUCAAACAGCUGAUUUUGGUGCCCUUGAGGAGGAUACGCAGCUGGAAGAAGAUCUGAAUUGGUUUAUCCAACAACCACCUGGGCCACUUGAUGAUAAACUGUUUUCGCCAUUGCAUUCCCAAGUGCAAUCAGAAGGGGGUUUGCCGUUUUAUGCCACUGCAAAUAAUGUGGGAAACGCUAACAAUGGAUUACAAUUUCAUCAGGGUUCAAACGAAAUGGAUGCUUCUUAUGUCACUAGUUUCCUGAAUGACAUUCUUCAGCAGCCAGUUGAGUACUCUUUUGAAGAUUGUUUCAGUGUUAGUAACGUCGCCUUGGAUGAAGACCCUGAUUCCUGUGCUGGAUUUGAUGCCAAAGUUUCCCAAUCUUUGAUUGAGGAAGAGUUUCAAAGUUCUGUCUGGACGGAGGACGAUAUUGACGUGAAGCCUCUUUUACAAGCUCAAACAAUUAUAGAUAGAAGAACAACUUUUGACUGUAAUACGGAUCUGGGUGCAGUAUUUAAUGAAUCUUAUGGAAGGCAAAAUGUUGCAUCAAAUUCUGCUGCUGAUCAGUUCAUUAAUUCCAGAGAAAUGGUAAACUCUAUAAAUCAAAUCGAAGGCAGUGAGAGUAUUGGAACUGGAGUAAUCAAAAUCAGGGCUCGGAAUAGUCAUAAUGUACAGAACGUCUCAAACCCUGCUCCCCAGGGUCUUGCAUCAAGACGAUUGCGUUUGCAGUGUAAAUUACAAGUCCAACCGCUACACUUUGGUGAAAUCUCAAGUUCUCUGUCAGAUGAACACAAACUGGAACGAUCAGAGGAAUUGACUAUGACAAAAAAGGAUACUUCACUUAGUUUUGGUAGCUCCAAUACUAUUGAUGAAAACAAACACCAGAAGCCCUCCCUUUCUGAGGCUGGAGAAAAUAUUAAAUUAUAUGAACAACCGACGUCUAAGAGUGGAUCCAUCAUGAGGAAAAGGAGCACUGCUUCAAUACCCAUAAAGGUUCCAUCCAUGCUCUUGAAGGUUUCAUCCACUCAUCACUCUACUUGGUCAACUUCUAUGUUUAGCAUAGUUGUGUUAGUAAGUUUGCUUUUAGUCUUAGUGAGUAUAUGGCAGUGCCUAUUUUUGAAACCGCUUAGGAAUGCUGUAUCCUUGUAGCUCAUACAUAUUGUAUCCUAUUGCUAUUAUACUGAUUGUUUUUGUAGGAGGUGGCGGGUGGUUGUGUGAUUACUAAUUAGGCCUAUCGGGGGAUAGAUGUAGUUGGUCACUAUUCAUGUAUAUAUCUAAGUUAGUUAGAUGAAUAUCUGUUAUGAGCUUUUUCUGUUUAUUUAUGAUACCUUUAUUAUUUUAA